AUGAAUACAGAUUACAACCUCGACGAGCUGGACACGGCUCUUAGCGAGUCCCGCCAUCAAGCUGCCGCCGUAGCCGGGCCUCCGAGUCGGCAGGAAAGUUCCCGCCGCACGGUAUCUAGCACCCGGCGCGGCAGCUUAGUUCCCGGAAUGGGUGCCCUUUCUUCGGCUACAUACAGUCCGGGAAAACAGUACCAACGGCCCCGACUCGAUGAACUAAACCUCUUCAACUUCGACCUCCGCGAACUCGUCCGCGAUAUUCUCCUACCAACAGGCCAAGAGACUCGCGUUUCGUACCACGAAUAUGCUGUCUUCCGGCCCGGUGAAGAAAAUGAAGAGACCCGCUCCCCAAGCAUCAUGUCCGAAGGAGAGGUCGCACUACGGAUGUUUCGAGAUGCGGUUAGACAUGGACAUGGAUUAGAUUACGAGCCGCCAUACGACUUCCUCUCAAUGGCGUACAGACUGAAGACCAGGACGACAACCGCUCUCAUACGGCGGUCUUUUGAUACAAGGUGGCAUGCCGAAGAUGCGUUGGAUGAAUACGAGCGCCGCCUGGAUUCUUGUAGGGCACGAUGGUCUCACCCGCUCGUAUUGCCAGUCGUCCUCUUACAAGUACAGCUAUUUCGCACUGAGGAGGCGGUGAACGCUAACAAUGCCGAAGUGCUGGAGCUUGAGGCGCACGUCGAUGCGGUGACGGGCACAAUAGGGCGGGCUAACGCUGAAGCUUGGUGGCGGAAUCACCAAGGAGAGAAGCAGCAGCAUUUCAAGCCUUUGAAACGCUUCUCAUCAAAUCUUAAGGAGAUGGUCGAGUCCAAGGUCGGAGGUGCACGACGAAGCCACGAGUUCUCUCGUAACGUUACGCCUUCAACUGCACCAGAGGUAGCUAGUUACUACGAUCCCGACUACGUGCCGCCGCAGACAAUUCACUUGAUGAAAGAAGCCCACGAUGUGCUCAAAGGAGCCAUUCAGUUACUCGACACGCUGAGGUGGAUGGAACGUGCGUUGAAACUCAUCAUCCAAGCUGGUGACGAGCUAGACAUGCGCAUAAAGGAAUUGAGGGUUCAGGCAGUGGCAAGAGGGGAACUUAAGAGAGAUGAGGCCGACGAAAUGGAUGACGAACUUACCGUCCACUGGCAUGAGAUCAGACAGUAUCUGGACUGCACGUGGCGGCUCUGCACUUCACUCGAGACAGAUCGACGUAUGUCAGAACUACGCUGCCGGGCACAGAUCGAUAUUAUCUACUCGAAGAUGGCGCAGGAGGAUAACAACCUCAAUGCGCGUAUGGCAGUAGCGUCGACAAGGGACAGCUCUUCGAUGAAGGCGUUGGCCGUGAUCACCGCCCUCUUCCUACCGGGCGAAUACAUCGGUACAUUAUUCGGCGUGUCCAUGUUUAACUGGGAGACAGGCACGGCAGGCGACCCGGCUAUAUCGGAGGACGCGCCUCAGGGCUGGCCGCAUCCCAUAGUCAUGCCCUCCUUCUGGAUCUAUUGGGCUUUCACGAUCCCCCUUACGCUGUUAAUCGUCGGCGGGUGGCGUGCGUGGUGGGUUAACCAGGACCGGUAUUUCCGCCGCCAUCUUAGCACCGAUCUUAGCGACGAGCGUUACUGGACUACCGACGGCCGUCCUCGCGAUCUCGAGACUACUUUCGCGCAGGACUUCUUCAGCGUGCUUAGCCGGAGCGGCGCCGGGAGUACCUCUAACAGCACGAUCCUCGGGAAGAACCAGGCCGUGCGGUCUAGGUCGGGAACUGGGCCUAUGAGGGUGUCCAGCUUCGAUAUCAAUCUCAAUAGAUCUCAAAUCCGGACCCCUAUCCCUUCUAGCUCCGUGUCCGGCCUGGGUUUGCCCAAGCACGUGCCCACGCCGAGUCUAGCUUAUACUCAUGUGGGCAAGGACAGGGAGACUACGACUGAUUCGGAGCGUGAAGGUGAAGUUGGGGAUGGGGCUAUGCGGUUUAGACAGAUCUCGUUUGCUAGAGGACCACGGAUACGGAAACAGGAUGAGUCUGCUGUUUAA